AAAGAAGAAAGGGAGAGAGAGGAAGAAUUUGACUCUCUCUAUUUCUCUCUGUGGCUCUCGUCGCCGCCAGAAGAAGCAAUCGGAGAUUACAGGGUUGAGGACAAGUGAAAUCAAGCUUGACGCUUGCGAGGGAGCAGAAGAGAUUAUAUAAGGAAGUUGUUUGCCCUGGUCAGAUGGAUCUUGAGACAGAGAACAGAAUAGCUGCGAUUCUUAUGAGAGAAGCAGCAGAAUUGCGGCGCCAAGCUGAGAAGGAAGGUGUCCAUGCGUAUCUUCAACAACCUAAAGCAAGAUUUAAGCCAAAUUCACGGUUCCUCAGUGCUACUGUUCGUGGUGUUGAACAAGCAAAUAAAGCUGUGGAAGUGAAUGAAAUGUGGCGAAUCCGGCAGAAAGAGCUUGAAUUGGAUGAAAGGCUUAAAGGCAAGAUGAAGGAUCCAAGCAGAAGUGACAGGAAUCCUGGAAAUGGUAACACUGCUAGAAGCGAUAGUAAGAGGCACGCUGCUAUGGAUGAUUAUGCUAGUGCUACUUGUUCAUCAAGUCAAAGAGUAGAUGAGAGAUGUCAUUCAAGGGAAGAGAGUGGAUUAAGAGACAAAGAACUUGAAGAAUUCUUACAUUCAAGGGUCAAGCGUGGCAGAGGUGCUGUUGGGUCGAGGAUGGAUGAAACAGGUCCAUAUCUACCACGUUCACAUUCUGAGGAACAGGUAGCCGGUCCCAGUCUACUAGAACGUCGUGUUUAUGGACCAAAGAAGCCUUCAAAGAAGUUAUGUGAUUCUUCUGAAGAGGAGCUUGACAACAGGAAGAGAUCGAAAAAGGUUUCUUCUGGGAGCUCAAAGAAACAUAAAUCCAAGGAUAAGUCUAAAGAGCGGAAAAAAAGAAAGAGGAAAGAAGAGAAAAGAAGUAAAUAUCAUGAUUAAAAAGUGCUGUGUACCACUGCAUGUUUUAGAUGGGUCACAACAUGACGUUUCUUAAAGGUUCAUCCUAGUUUGUACAGAGGUGAUCUGAGUCGGCUUUCAACUCUAGAAUGUGGCAGGCUGUGGAACACAGAAGAGGAGACGAGUAAAUGUUUUUCCUGCCUGACUUUAACCUGUCUGGUUUUCAAGGAAUAUCAGAUAUCAGUGGGCUGAAGAAAUGUGAAUAUUCCGGGAAUUGAUGCAAGAUUACUGCUAAGGGAUCGCAUGCCAAUUGUAUCUCAUCUGGUUUAUUUUUGGCCUUCAAUUUGGAAACUGAUGUUCCUUGUCAAUGCUCUAUGACCAUCUUUCAUUUCCAUUUUUAUGGAUAUUCUAUUCAGCAGUGCUGACUUGGGAUAUUCUAUUAAGCACUUUUUAUGGAUGUUAAAUCACUUGCAUCUGUGGAAUCAUAUUCUUAAUUUUAGAUUGGGGCAAAUAGAGAGGGUCUUGCCGUACAACCCCAUAUAGAGGGAGGUGAGGGGUGGGAAGAAAGG